UGGUCAGCGCCAGCGGGGCGACGUUCAAACUCCUCCCCCUCACCACCACCGCAUCUCGGCGGAGUCAGCGGCUAUCCACCCAACGGAAAGUUUUUGGGGCGAGCUAUCAAGCCAAAGCUCUGGAAAGCCCGAAAAUGAGUCAGUUUAAGGAGCGCUUCGUGACUCUGCUCCGUGAGAAGAACUUUGUGACAGAUCAGUUGGCGACGUUGGAGCAAAAAACGGGAGUGAAGAGAGAGUACAUCGUUUUGGGUGUUCUGAGUUUUAUCGGGUUGUAUCUUCUGUUUGGAUAUGGAGCCUCACUUCUCUGCAACCUGAUUGGCUUUAUCUAUCCAUCAUAUUUCUCUAUUAAAGCCAUCGAGAGCCAAAUUAAAGAGGAUGACACACAGUGGCUGACCUACUGGGUUGUUUAUGGCCUCUUCAGCAUCGUCGAGUCGUUCUCUGACAUCUUCCUCUUC